AGAGAAGUGUACGUUUUAUCAUGAAUUCUCAGUCGGAUAAUCUCACUAACAUGAUUUUCUCGCAGAAAACCCAAGAACCCGCGCACCGCGCGCAUUCUCAAAGCCAAAGAGCCCCAACUCGUCGAACCGCCCAAACGAACGCUGGUUAUGCACGGAGGAAAAUGUCCUCAGGCGCUGCAAACCGUUCUCAAGACGUUCCACUCGCUGACGAACCCCAACUCGGUCCUUUUCCACAAGAAGAAUGAGAACAUCCACCCGUUCGAGAACGCAGAGAGCAUCGAAUUCCUGGCCAACAAGAACGAGUGCGGUAUCGUUGCGUUCGGUAGCAGCAACAAGAAGCGCCCCAACUGUGUAACCCUGACGCGGAUCUUCAACUCCAAGGUUCUGGAUAUGUGCGAGUUGUUGCUGCUUCCCGGAACCGAGGGCGAUGCCAUCCCCACGAUGAACAACUUGACCAUGCACAUUGGUUUUGGUCUGCGACCUAUGAUUUUGUUCGCGGGUACUCCCUGGGAUGACCCGACUGCGACAUCCCACGCAAUGGUGAAGAGCAUGUUUCUGGAUAUGUUCAAAGGCGAGGAAUCGGAUAAGAUCGAUGUGGAAGGGUUGCAGUAUGUGCUUAUGAUUGGAGCCGAUGAGCCUACCGAGGGGCUGUCUCCCGUCAUCCACCUGCGAUGGUACAAGCUCCAGACCAAGCGCAGUGGCCACAAGCUGCCCCGUGUGGAGCUUGAGGAGAUUGGACCCAAGUUCGACUUCAAGAUCGGCCGUCUACAAGAGGCACCGAGCGACGUCAUGAAGGAGGCCAUGAAGCAGGGCAAGCGACCUAACGAGAACAUGAAGAACAAGAAGAACAUCAGCGUGGAUAGCGUCGGUGACAAGGUCGGACGGGUGCACUUGGGCAAGCAGGAUUUGAGUGGAUUGCAAACGAGAAAGAUGAAGGGUUUGAAGAGACGGGCAGGUGUGGAGUCGGAUGAGGAGGACAAUGAUGAUGCGAUGGAUGUUGAUGAGAUUUCGGAGGAUGAGGGACGGAAGAGGACAAGGACGAACUAGAUUUCCUGUUUGUUUUCUUGGAUGCAUUCUUUCGCCCUUCUGUCUAUCUUAUUCCAUAUAACUAAGGCGUUCCGGGUUGGUUCGGUUUUUUCUAUUGAUUACGCCAAGCAAGUUCAUUUAUGAACCCGGGUAUCUGUGUAUGUACGCUGGUAAAAAGUCUGAGCACUAUGCUAUCUUACAUUAUUGUCUUUGAUGAGGUUACAGUCGAAAUGUAUUGUCC